UUCACAGCGCAGUAGUCUCCGCAAGAACCAAGUGCUCAGGUGCCGCCACGGUCGCGUCCUCGUCAAAUGCCGGUUGCGGAAAGAGGCCGUUGUGUGCGAGCCCAUCUCUGGCGAGCAGCGCUGCGUGACCAUUUCACCAGAGUUCAACAUGGGCUUUUUCAACGGGACGGUGGUCUGUGCCGCCGGCGACCUGGGCCAUGUGCACGGAGGCUGCCACUCGAGCCCCUUUAAGGUGGUCCUUGUGUGCAUGUGCAGAGAAGAUAAUCGAGCCCUCGCGUGCGUUUAUUCUUCGGAAACUGGCAUAUGGGGCAAUGUUAUCUCAACAGCGGCUCCAUGUGAGCUUUGGGAUAUGGGCGCUCCUGCUACCCUUGUUGGUAAUGCUCUUUAUUGGUUGUACAUGAGCAAUGGUAUGCUUGAGUUUGAUUUGGAUGAACAGAGCCUAUCUGUUAUCACGGGGCCUCCCAUUACAGAUGAUUUCCGCAGGCGCCAGAUAAUUCAGGUUGAGGAUGGUGAUGUUGGCUUGGUCACAUUGUCUUACCCCAGCUUCCAAAUGUGGGAGAGGAAGGUCAAUUGCCAUGGUGUUGCCACCUGGUUUGUGCGCAAGACUGUUGGCAUUCAUAAUAUUCUGGGGCUUCCUUCUCAGCUUGAGGAAUGGGAGAGAGGGAUGGAAAGUAUACUGGGAUACACUGAGGAUACAGAUGCCAUUUUUAUUCAUGUUGACUCCAAUGUCUACAUGGUUCAACUUAAGUCAAUGCAUUUCAAGAGACUUCAUGAAAUCGAUGAUAUCGUUUACUACUAUCCAUUUACAAGUUUUUAUACACCAGGCAUAGCCAAUGCUGGUGGAUGUGAUGGAGCUGAAAUGUUGCGUGAUACAUAGGACAGCCGUCUUGUUUGAUGUACUAAUGUGCUGGAAUGGUUCGAGUGGUGCAGGAAAGGCUGUGGGAGUUCUCUUCGUUUUUUAUCACAUUGCAUCAAGAUGGUUGGCAUUAUUUUUAUGUUAAAAAAAGAUUUGGCAAGUGCGAACCUUAGUCUAGCGAAGUAUUGGCUAUAUUCAGCUACAUGAUGAGAACUCCUGUUUUCUUGAAAAACAAUGGCAUCCAUGAAGCUGAGUCUUCUCUGAUUAAUCUCUCUUAAUAUUGUAAUGUGGCUUUAGCUGUGUUCAUGUGGCAUCUAAAACUUAGUGUGUACUCUAGUCUAUUUAAGUUUCUUAUGUAUGAAGAGUACCUAAACCAGGUAUUUCCAACUUCCCCUAGUAAUAUUUCAAUUUGAUUUUUUUUUGAAAGUA